AUGCUUGCCCACAGAACAACUGCAUAUUUACUAUUAUCACGUCCGUCUACUUCCGCAGUUCUUUCGGUUUAUGAUAGGAAAUGUUCUGUGAAUUCAGCCGCUCAAGAAGUGAGAAAGUUCAGUAUACCUAGAGCUGCUGAGCUUGUAGCUAAAGCUCCUCAGAAAUGGCAACCGUAUUUGGCUUUAAUGAGAGCCGAUAAGCCCAUAGGUACUUGGUUAUUAUACUGGCCUUGUACAUGGUCAAUAGCUUUGGCCACGCCGGCGGGUGAGCUUCCUUCGUUAUACUAUUUGUCUCUUUUCGGAGCCGGAGCGUUUCUUAUGAGAAGUGCUGGAUGUGUUAUAAACGAUCUCUGGGAUAAAGACUUUGAUAAGAAAGUUGAACGCACCAAAAUGCGCCCUUUGGCAUGUGGAUCAGUUUCAACAAAACAAGCUGUAGCAUUACUUGGCGGGCUACUGACUACUUCACUAGGAAUAUUAUUACAGUUAAACUGGUUCAGUGUCGCUGUGGGAGCGUCUUCGAUGUUGCUGGUUGUUGGGUAUCCAUUGGCCAAGAGAUACACAUAUUGGCCUCAGUUUGUAUUAGGUGCUACAUUGAAUUGGGGUGUUCUUAUAGCGUGGGCACAGAUGACUCCAACUCAGGAGUUUUUCAAUGUUCUCCCUUUGUACAUAUCUACUGUUCUUUAUACCGUUAUCUACGACACAAUUUACAGUCACCAGGAUAAGCAUGACGACAUCAUGAUAGGUGUCAAGUCAACAGCUUUAAGGUUUGGUGAUAAAACCAAGCAAUGGCUCACAGGAUUCGGAACUGUCAUGAUGGGUAGUUUAGCAAGUGUUGGAUAUUUAGCUGAUCAAACUUGGCCAUAUUACUUAGGAUUAGGAGGUACAGCUGCGCAUUUAGCUUGGCAGAUAGGUACAGUCGAUAUCAACAACGGAGAAGAUUGUUGGAAGAAAUUCAAAUCAAACUCUUGGAUCGGCUCCAUACUCUUUGCUGGUAUCGUUUUCGGAAACCUUGCAAAAGAAAAAGAAGAAACGAAAGUGUUAGUUGAUGAUGUAGACGGUAGCUCUGACUAG